CACGUCCGUUUCUAUGCGAGCAGGGCAGAGGAGGCGCCGCCGGGUCACGUGACCAGCCAGCUCGGGUUCUCUCUGGGGGCUGGUUGGGUCCGCCCUGGGGGCCUGUAUCCCGUCGGGCAGCGCGGCGUCUCCAGGAGACCGGUCCCAAACACAUGCGGGGGGAGGGGACAGGCCGGGCUCCGCGAGGCGCUAGCGGGAGGGCGGAGCGGGGCCGUGCACGGAGAGCCCGACUGGGACGCAGGGGUGGGACCCGCGCCCCCUGCGCGUCUGGGCCGGGGGCGGGGAUGAGAAGUUGUUGUCCUGUGAACAUCACUGGAAGAAUAGGAGCAUUACUAAGGAGACUUGAAUUUGAAAGCUACGUUAUAGAUAAAUAAAUGUGAUCUCUGUUACAUGGAGCAAUGCUGAAAUUCCAAGAGGCUAUUAAACAUGUCAGUGAUUCUGCACCUGUUUCCACUUCCUCUGAAACCUUGAUUGCAAGAAGAUAUAUUCUUCAGCAGAAACUUGGCAGAGGAAGCUUUGGAACGGUCUAUCUGGUUUCAGACAAGAAGGCAAAACAAGGAGAAGAAUUAAAGGUUCUGAAGGAAAUCUCUGUUGGAGACCUCAAGCCCAAUGAAACAGUUGAAGCAAAUCUAGAAGCACAACUACUCUCCAAGCUAGAUCACCCAGCCAUUGUCAAGUUUUAUGCAAGCUUUGUGGAACGAGAGAGUUUCUGCAUCAUCACUGAAUACUGUGAAGGUCGAGAUCUGGACUGCAAAAUUCAAGAAUACAAAGAAGCCGGGAAAAUAUUCCCUGAAAGCCAGAUAAUAGAAUGGUUUAUACAGUUGUUGCUUGGAGUCAACUAUAUGCAUGAAAGGGGGCAGAUUAUCGCCCGAAAGAACACUGUUGCAUAUGCCACUGACACCACAGGAAUCAAGUGGGCAAGGCGAAUACUUCACAGGGAUUUAAAAGCCAAGAAUAUUUUUUUGAAAAAUAACCUUCUUAAAAUUGGGGACUUUGGAGUUUCUCGUCUCUUGAUGGGAUCAUGUGAUCUGGCAACUACAUUUACUGGGACACCUUACUACAUGAGCCCAGAGGCACUGAAACAUCAAGGUUAUGACACAAAAUCUGACAUUUGGUCACUGGGAUGCAUUUUGUAUGAGAUGUGCUGUCUGGAUCAUGCAUUUACUGGACACAAUUUUUUGUCUAUUGUGCUAAAAAUCGUGGAAGGCAACACACCUUCUCUUCCUGACAGAUAUCCAAGUAAACUGAACGCAGUCCUCCACAGCAUGCUGAACAAGAAUCCUUCUCUGAGGCCAUCUGCAGCCGAGAUUCUAAAAAUCCCCUACAUUGAUGAACAAUUACAGCAGAAUGUCAAAUGCAAAUUCACAAAUAUGGCUCUGAAAGACAAGACAUUUAAUUGUCAGAAAGAAGCUGCUCGCAUCGUUAAUGCUGUGCAGAAAAAAAUCCAUUUGCAAACUCUGCGGGAACUGUCUGAGGUGCAGAAAAUGACUCCACGAGAGCGAAUGAGGCUGCGGAAGUUAAAUGCUGCAGAUGAGAAAGCAAAGAAGCUUAAACAACUGGCAGAAGAAAAAUAUCAAGAAAACCUCAAAAGAAUGCAAGAACUGAGGUCCCGUAACUUUCAGCAAUUGAGUAUAGAUGUGCUUCAUGAAUCUGAUGAGCAGACUUCAAAGCAUGUGAUUCAGUCUCAGCCAGUCACUGCACUGGACUACAUAUCCAUAGGACAUAAAGAACGAAGUGAGAAUGAGACACCGGGCAGGCUCUGUAUGUCUGAACCUGUGGAGCACGGAGGCAGCAGUGUCACAGAAGAGAGUGAAAUAAUUCACUUUGGGGUAUUUUCCUGAAAGAAACAUUGUUAUUAAUAAUUGAUAGUUCCACCAAUUCAGCCAGCUGUAGCCAGGUCAAUGUAGAUCAGCUGCAUCCUUGCCCACUCAAAAGUGUAGAAUUUGCGGAAUAAGUGCAAAGGAUUUAUGAUUUAUAAAACAAUAAUUAAUGAGUUAUAAAACAAUUUUUUGUUAUUGACAUUGUUUUCAUGUGACUUAGUUUCUUCUGAACUGAUUCUUUUAGUAUUGAUAAUGUCUUCCAAAUUCAGUACCCCAAUUAACUUGUAUAAAUGGAGAUUAUUGGAGAGAAAUAUAAUAUAGUUGAAUUUAGUAUUCAGUGAGAAAUGUUGAUGUUCCAAUCUUAUUUUUCUGAGAAGUAAUGAGCCAUUCAUCAUCUGAAUACUUUAAAACAGGCUAGGCAAAACAGCUGAGAAUAUUUUGCAUUGUCAGAUAAUCUCCUAGGAUUUUUCCAUCUCUAAUUUCUUUGCUUAAAAGAAAGAGGCAUGAAAACUUUAGACAAAAUCUUACAUUGGGAUUGUGUGCAUAUGCUUUGCUCUUUAUUUAAUCACUGUUAGUAGUAAACGUAAAGUAACUGAAUAUUCAUUAUUUGCUUCUGUUUAAGUUAUAUAUAAUAUUGCUGAUGAACAAUGUUGCAUUUACUCCUGUUAUGUUUUAACUAUCGUAUUCCAGCUCUAUUCUGAUCUAUUAGAAAAAAGAAAACAAAGGAACUCCACUAAACCAUUGCACAACUUGCAAUUUCAAUAAAAUUAAACCCAGCAAUCUUACUAGUUUUUCUACAGAUUUCAUGUCCUGGCCAAAUUUCAACUCAAUAGUUGCAUUGCAGCUUCCUAAAUUCCCCUCGCAUGUGUUUAUUUUUCCACUUCCCAUCCAGAAAUACUAGUUUUCCAGCCCAUAUCCAUUAUUUUUUUUUUAUAUUCCCUGUAUAUUAAGUAACUCAUUUUGUAGAUGGGGACAAAUGUGUAUUGGGGUAAUCCUAUAUGCAUAUUCUCUGUUGUUGCAAGAAUAUAACUUGGAGAUAUACGUUUCAAAGACCACCCCAUUUUCUCAUGAUCAUAAGGAAGAACAACCACCUGGGCUGAUUUGACUGAUAUGGACUUGUUUUUGUUAUUGAAAGCCGUUAUCUUCUGAAGUUUUGAUUAGCUUUUACUAUUCUUUUUUUGUUCUCUCUUCGAUGUGUUUCAUUUAACAAAGCAUCCCUAUUUGUAUCAUGUGAAUUAUGGCAGCGUAAUGUUUUCUGGGUAUGGCUCGAUGUCUUGUGAUUAUAUAUACUUUGCCUCUAAACUGCAGUAUAUCAGAAUAAAAACAAAACUGGCUGCAUAAUACAGCUGGUAAGUAGAGGCCAGUUUAUGUGGGGGGGAGGGCAAAAG